AUGAGCACAUUGCUGAGUAAUAGUAAAUUCAUUGUUUCGUUCAACGGAGGCUUCAAGAUCUACAAUGCCAACACUCUCAAGCUCUACAAAACUCUAAAAGAGCAAUCCUGCAAUCUAUUUGAACUCUCUGGUUCUACAAUUUUUUUCACCAAUGACUAUGGCUUGCUCACCUAUAAUAUCGAGACUGAAAAGAGAACAGAGGCAAUAAAGGCACAUGGAAACACUAAAGUAUCGUCCAUAUUUGUGAAUGGGAGCUUUCUAUAUCUUGGAUAUGAUAAUGGAACACUAGAGGUUCAUACAUUCAACGAGCAUCUAUUCAAACUGCAUAAAACCUAUAGACAUCCAGGUAUUGUUAGUACAAUAAAAAGUGAUAAUAUCAAGAUAUAUGUAACGGAUCUGCGCAAUAGAAUAACGAUGUAUCCAGAAAAUGCCUGUUUUGAUUUUAUACAGCCCAAAAUAUUUUUUGAUAGAUGUUUGUAUGCCAUAUCUGAAAAUAAAGUGUAUGUCAACACCAAGGAUGCCUUUGGAUUUCUCUUUGAGCUGAAGGAUGAUGUAGAUGAAGUUGUUUUCAGCCCUCUGGGUGGAAUAAUGUUUACCAGGAAUAUCAGAGGGGUAAGGUGUUAUGACUGCAUGGGGCAGGAGCUAGGAAGAUUUUUUGCUAACGAGUUUACGGUAGUUUCAAGAGAGGGCAGAUGCUAUAUUGUGGAAGAGCAGGACGGAGUCUUGAAGAGUAUGGAUACGUAUUUAAGAGAUAUUGAGAAGGUAGAGAUGCAGUUUACAAAGGUGAAUAUUAAAGAAAAGACGGUAAGUGCUGAAGAGUAUGAGCAGAAGUACAGCUACAUUGAUGAUGGAAAUAAGAGAAGCUUUCCAAAACAUAGGUUAAGUAUUGGUAAAGAUAGCACUAGUAAAAGUAGUGCAAACAGUAAAGAGAAUGGUGUUGGUAAAAGGGAUAUUCAAGAUAGUACUGGAGAAACCAGUGAAAAUAAAAGUAAUGUCAAGAUUAGUAAAAGACAGGUGAUGGUAUCGUCUGAGGAGAGUGAAGUUUUUGCGAAUAAUCCCGCCACGCCUGCGUUUAACCCAAAUACUGCAGUACUGAAAAGAAACCCAUCCUCUUAUGAAAACCAGGAAGCCAGGCUCCACUUCUUUUCGUCCGAAGGGUACAUGAUUUCCCUUGAAUCAGCUCUCUCAAGCCAGGUUUAUAUUAAGUUUCACAACCACGAGACAGAUUCAAUAGAAAUCAAGGAUACUCUGAAAUCCACGCUUGGAUCAUUUUGUGGCGAGAACUUUGUUCUCAGUGAUGGAAAUGUCAUAAACUUCAAUGAUGUUUGGCAAAAGCCUAUUCCUUGCUCCCUUCUUGGAAUUGAUCGCAACUUUAUUUAUGCGUUUGACUGUAAUAAUCUAAAUAUUAUUGACUUUAGGGGUAACGUAGUCAGGACUAUUUACACGCCAGAUUCCUACUCGUUCUGUGUUGAAAAAGGGAAUGAACAGCAGAUUGCCAUUUUCUGUAAGACCUGCAUUAUGAUGUAUAAGGACAAGGAAGUCGAGUACAUCCCUGCUUGCAAUAUCGACUUUGGAUGCUUUGAUGGGUCUACUCUUUAUGUAAGGAUAGGCAGAGAGAUAUUUGGAUUACAAGGAAGAGUGCUAGUUAAAGUCUACGAGACAGAUGAGAGGCCACUCACUGUAUCAGAAAAUACCUUAGUAACACUUAGUGAAAACACGCUUCUUCCAAGACCAGCAGUCAGAUACCACCCACUUAAGCAUGAGAAGAUUGAGGAGGUAGAGAUAGAUUCCCUAAGAUUUGGCAAAUACAAGCAAUGCACAAAUUAA